AUGAGCAAUGAAUCACAACAAGCUCGUCAAAAUAAAUUUUCGAAGUCAUCACGUAGAUCUUAUGCAGAUCGAGAUCGAUCAAAUACAUCUAGUAAAAUAUCUUCUCAAUUACCACAAUCAUCUGAUACUUCUUCUGAACAAUCAUCAGCCAAUAUAGAUCAUGAAUUUUUUCGAGCUAUUACUGCUAAUUUUGCAUCAGAUAUUGAUGAUAAACAAAUAUCAUCAGCAUCAUCUAUUCUAUCAAUUAAUCCUAAUAAUAAAACAGCUUCAUCAUUAAAAACUGAAACUUCUGUAUCAAAGAAAAAUUUUUUAUUAACAACAAAACCACUAAGAACAUCGAAGAAAGGAGAUAAAUCUAAACAAUAUGAAGAAAAAAAAUCUCAUUCAAUUCAUUUUGAUGAUAAAUAUAAGUUACCUAUUCGAAAUAAAUCAACCGGUGAACAACGUGAAGAUCAACUUAUUAAUCUCAUUAAAGAAUAUCAUGAAUGUUUUGAAUUCGAUCAAAAUUCAAAUAUAAAUUAUAUACCUGAUAAUCAAAUUACUGAGGAUAAACGAAAACAAUAUUCAACAGCAUUAUGGUACGAAUUAAAAACAUAUUUUAAUGGCAAUAAUUUAUUAGACGAAAAUGGUAUUAAAAUAGAACAACAUUCAAUUGAUCGACAACGAAAAAAAUCUCUUGAUGAAUUUUAUAAAUAUUUUAGUCAAUGUGAUUUUGAACAAUUUAAUUAUCAUAAUAUUCCAACUAUACAACGUCGUCAUUUAUGUGAAUAUUAUUUAAAUCAUUGUAAUGAAGUUGAACAAUAUAUGCAAAAUAUAUUUUUAAAAUGGGAUUAUAUAUUAUCAUUAUUUCCAUCUUAUUCAGCUCUUGAACAAUAUGACAAACGUUUCAAUCCUUCGACAAGAGAAGGUGGUAUUUUUUAUGAAAAAUUAUUUAUUUUUCAAGCAUGGUUUAAUUUAUAUUCAGAAAUAAACCGUUUAAUGAAUACUCUUGGUCGAAUUAUGACAUGUACACAGUGUUAUAUGUGGCCACAUCAUACAAAUUUAUCAUCAGCUAAAUCUAAUGAUAAUAUAACUCGUCCACAAACACCAUCAUCAACAUCGAGUAACGAACAAAAAGAUACUAUUGUAGGAUCUCCACCUAAUCCAUUAUCUUUUUUAACAACGCUUGAUGCAAGAACAAGACGUCAAAAUACAUUAACAUCUAUGUCAAGUAUGGAUAGCUUAUAUCAACAUUCAUUAACUUCCGGUUCAUCAUUAACAGAAUAUUAUUAUAGAUACAUUGAUGAUCAAGUAACACAUGCUCGUCUUGAACUAAUUGGUAGUAUAUUUCGUUCUAAACAUGGUCCUCUAUUACAACGUUUACGUUAUACUUAUCGAAAAAAGCAUAGAAUAAGUUCAUCAACAUUCGAUGAUAUAUUGAAUAGUUUUCCAUAUUUUCCUCCAAAUAUAAUUCCCAAUGAUUAUUUAUUGGAUGCUAAACCUGAUAAAUUAAUUGAUGAAUUUUUUAUUCUUAAUAAACAAUUACAAAAAUAUAAAAAUCCUAAUUCUACAAAUAAAACUACAAUAAAAUCUCAAGGAAUUUAUUCUGGUAAAGUCAAUAAUAUUCUCAAUCGGUUUGAUCAAAAUCCAACAUUAACAUCAAGUACAUUUACACCAGCUCCAGCACCAACAUUAGUUUUAAAAUUAUUAUCACAUGACCGAAGUAUACUUAAACGUCAAUCUUAUUUUCUUGAUUAUCUUGAUUCAACAUCAUAUCCACAUUUACCUGGCUCAACAUUAUUUCCUGAUCCAUGUUUAUUUCUUGAAAAUUCACCAUUAAAUUUCUAUUCUCAAUUAACAUCUGAUGAAAAUAUUUUAAUUGCAAAAAUGUUAACAAUAUGUCAUCGUCUCUAUGAUAAACACGUCUGGGUUGAUAGCGGAAGAUUUUCAGAUAUGUGCGAUAUAUUUCGUUUACCAUCACUUUAUCCACAAUAUGUUUUUCUUGUACAAAUUCCAUUAGAUUUAAUGAUUGCUUGGCAAAAAUAUCAUCACGAUAAAAAAAUGGAACAAACACCAACUACAGGUGCUCUUCUUUUAUUAAUCGAUGAAUGUAAAAUCCUAAUACAUAGUGCAACAUUAAUACAUCAUUAUAUUAAACUCAUGAUAACAGACACGUUUGAAAAAGCGGAAUUAAAAUUAAUUGAAGAUGAAUUUAUUCAAUUUGAUCAAAAUAUAAUUGAUACAAUUUAUGAAAUAUUAACCUAUAUUGAACGUUAUAUAGAAAUAUCUUUACGUUCAAAUUUAUAUCAUAAUUGUAUUAUGUUGUUAAAAGAUCAAUGGAAAUCAUUGAAAAAAUAUUCAACUAUGAUGAAUAUUGAAGAGAUUCUUGGUGAAAAAUUUCUUAAUAUGUAUUCAAAUAUAAUCGAACAUUUUCAUAAAUAUAUUGAUGUAUUUCAUUCAUCAGUAUCAUCAUCAGAAACAAUUAAAAUUGAACAUAUAAAAAAGAAAAUGAAUAGAAAAUAUGAAAAAAAAUUAACGAUGAAUAUUUUACGUGAAGCUAAAACGAUUUAUGAUGAUUGUGCAUUAACAAUUAAUAUUUAUUUACAAAAACCUGUUUGUAAAAGAUUUUUACUUAUUCUUAAAGCAGCUGGAUUCGAAAGAAUUAAAUUUGAUUCCGAAAAUCAUCAUCAUCAUCAUCAUCGUCCUAAUCAAACUAAAAAAGAUGGUUCACCAUUAUCGAAAUGUCUUCUUUUUGCUCCUGCUGAAUAUUUUGAAGAUAUUCCAACUAAAAUUCAAUUAAUGCGAACAUUAUCAUCAUCAUUUCGAAUAAAUACAAAUAAUAAUUCAUCUACUGAAUUAAAUGAUGAUCAAUCACCAUUACAACAACAACAACAAUCCCCAACUUCUACUCAACAACCAUCAUUGUCAACAUCUGAAAGUUCUCCACCAUUAGUUUACAUUCUUUGUAUCCCUAUUUCAGUUGAACUUGAAUCUGAAUGGCGUGGUAUUACACAUAUAAUACCAGAAAAUAAAAUUUUAACAUCUAUAUUACCAUUACAUACACAUUGGAAAACAACAACAAUAUUUCUUUUAACACAGCAAACAAAUAAUCUUGAAAAAUUUGAAGAAUCAUUUAAAGAACGUUUAUCAAAAGUUAAUGUUCAACAAAGUGAUCUAUAUAAUUUUAAUACGAAAACAAAACAAUUAUUACAAAAACGUUCAUGUUUUGAAAAAAUUGAUAAUUCAAUGAGAAAUUUAGCUCAUACAAUAUUAAGUUUAAGUAAUUGUAUUGCAAAUAAUGUCGAAAAAUUUGAAUACAUUAUUGAAAAAUCGAAUACUCGAGAUUAUGUUCAUACUGAAGAACGUGCUUUUGCAUUUGGAAUGGAUAUUAUUCGUGAAACAAGUUUUUAUGCAACACAAUGUGAAUAUGAUACAUUAAAAUGUCAAGCUGAACGUCAAUUAUUAUUUGCAAAUAUUUGGUUAAAUUUUGUACGAAAGAAAAAAUCCAUAACAACAUCGAAAUAUUCUAUACCAAUACCAAUGUGGUUAUUACCUGGUAUUCAUUUUCUUCGUCAUAUAUGUUCAUUACAAUUUACUAAUCAGAUUGAUAAUAAUUUAUUUUCAAAAUUUUAUAAUAAUAUGAAAACAACUAUUAAAUAUUUAAAUAAUUUUAAUGAGAAUAAUAAUCGAAAUUUAUAUAAUACACAAUCAAAAACAUUGAAAUAUUCAUCAGUUACUAAACAUGGUUAUAAUAGAAGACAGAAAAAUAAAAUACGAUUAAAUCGUAUUGAUCAACUUAAUCGUAUGGAUAAACGUAUUGAUAGACAACGUUUAGAAGAAGGCCUAAUAGGAAAAAUUCAACGUGAUACUACAACAUUAGCAUUAUCGAAAAAAAUGGAAGAUGAAUUAGCAUGUUUGAAAAUUCGAGAUUUUCAUAAAUUAAAUCUUCUUUCUCGUGGACAAUUUGCAACAACAUAUCAAUGUCGAGUUACUCGAAAUGAUAAAAAAGAAAUUAUUCUCUGUUAUAAACAAUAUAUAAUUCAACAUAAUGAUACUUCAGCAAUUGCUAAAGUUCUCGAACAACUUAUACCAUUAAUACAUAUCGAUCAUGAAAAUUUAAUAAAAUAUCAUGGCAUUGCACUUGAACAUGAUCAUGUAUUAUUCUUUAUGGAUUAUUGUAGUUAUGGUACAAUUGCUCAACUUUUACUUGGUACAUCAUUACCAUCAUCUUCACAUCUCGAACCACGUCAUUCAUCAAUAUCACUUACUGGUUCAAUACAUGAAACAUCAUAUGUUGAUAAAGGUAUUAUUCGAACAGAAACUGGUAAUAUAGUUUUUCAAGAAUUUCUUGUUCAACGUUAUUUACGUCAAUUAUUAUCUGCCUUAUCUUGUUUACAUAAUAAAGAAAUUAUUCAUCGUGAUAUACGUAAUGUUAAUAUAUUUUUAACUGAUUCAACAAAACAAUCAAUUAAAUUAGGUGAUGUAAAUUUUGUAUAUGAUUUUAAAUUUAUGCAAAAACAAUCAUCAUUACUUAAUGUCGAAGAUGUUAUUAAUAUUCGUGAAUCAAUUGUUUUUUAUGCUCCAGAAACUAUAACAUUAAAUGAAACAACAACUAAAUCUGAUAUAUGGUCAUUAGGUUGUACAGUUAUACAUAUGUUAACUGGUCGUAUACCAUGGAGUAAUCCAAAAAUAGCAUCAAGUGUUUAUUAUUUAAAAAUUCUUAAAUGGAUUGCUGAUGGUGAUCAUCCAUCAAUACCAAAUGAUUUAAAUUUAUCAAAUGAAUGUAUUGAUUUUCUCGAACAAUGUUUUCAACAUGAUCCAAAUCGACGUUCAUCAUCCCAUCAAUUACUUGAGCACGCAUUUAUAAAAGAAUACUCAAAUAACAAUUAA